AUGAUUAUCAUUUAUGAUGUCACCGAUACAAGUUCAAAUAAUUUAUUUACAAAUAUUGAACGGUUAGGUACACAUGAUUUAUUACCCUAUGGACAACUUUCAUAUGAUACUAUAUUAACAUCAAUCCAAAAACAAACAAUAAUUGAUAGUUCAUCAAUAAUAUCAUCAUCAGAUAAUAUUCUUAUUGAACUUGUUGAAGAAUUAUAUGCACGUACAAAACAAUCAUCAACAUUACCAUAUGAAGCUUUACUUUUAUUACGUCCUUUAUCAUUAUUACUUGCACAUAUUAGUUUCUUUUUCGUGGUUUAA